AUGGCUGAGGAAAGAAUCCCGGACGUCUACGGCCCCGGUACACACACCGACCGUACCUUCACCCCCGUACCCCAAGACACAUCCCGCAUCUUCCGCCUCAUAGCCUCCCAAACACCCUCCUUCACGCAAGAUGAAUCCAUCCUCUCAAAAGUCCACUUCGAAGGCGACCCCUUCCCCGUAAUUCCCGGCCCCAUCAAAGCUGUCUCCGUCGCAGCAGCUCUGCACGCCAUGGCCGGUGUCGUCGCUGAUGAAAUCCUCACUAUCCGCGGCCAGGAGGAUAAGAACCGCAAAAUCACUGUCAACACCACACAGGCUGGUCUGUGGUUUGGAAAUAUUGCUACCGCUUAUGUUGGUGGUGAGGAUGUUGUUAGUUUGACCAAAAAUGGUGAGAUCAAGAAGCUUUUGCCGAAUUGGGAGCAGGGAUGGGUUGAUACGCCGCUGAAGUAUCGCACUACUGGGCUUUAUCCUACUUCUGAUCCUGAAGUUUGGUACUCUCUUCACGGAUCUAUGAAUGCGGAACCUGUCCUCAAGUCCAUUGGCGUUAAUCCCGCCGAGGCUAUUUCUUCUAAUGAAGAAGCCGCCGCCCACAUCGCCAAGUACACCAGCAAGCUCUCCCCCGAGAAGCUCGAGUUCACCAACCUCAUGAACGGCAACUGCGGUAGUGUCGUCUUCACUCCUAAGCAAUGGAACGAGAGUGAGAUGGGCAAGUCCCUCGCUGCUCACCCUCUCAUCAACGUCAAGCCUCAACCCCAGGCUAUCCCCACACCACCCGUUGCAUUCCCUCCUUUCAACGCCUCCGACAAGCGUCCUCUCGCUGGUAUCAAGGUCGUCGAAAUGACCCGCGUCAUCGCCGGUCCUCAAAUCGGUGCUAUUCUCUCUUCUUUCGGCGCCGAUGUCAUCCGCGUUAACCCCCCUCAUCUUCCCGACAUCAACAUCAUGCAACUCACUCUCAACGCCGGCAAGCGCACCAUCGCCAUUGAUCUACGCAAGCCCGAAGAAGCCGCCAUCAUCAAGUCCCUCAUCAGCGAAGCCGAUGUUUUCAUCCAGGGCUUCCGUAUGAACAAGAUGCCCAAGUACGGUCUUGGUCUUAACGACAUUCUCAAGAAGGCUGGUGAGCGUGGAUGUGGUAUCGUUCAUGUUUCGGAGAACUGCUACGGUCCUGAUGGUUACUACGCUGAAAGACCCGGUUGGCAACAAAUCGCUGAUGCGGCUGCUGGUUCGGCGUACGUUACUGGCAAGUCCCUCAACUUGCCCAACAACGAAGCUGUUCUCCCCUCCCUGCCCGUCAGUGACAUGACAACCGGUGCUCUCGGCGCAGUAGGCACACUCCUCGCCCUCCGCGACCGCGCAACCAAGGGUGGAAGCUACGCCGUCCACGCCUCCCUCGUGGCCGUAAACACCUACGCCCUGCGCCCCGAUGUUGGUCUGUACUCUCCCGAGACCGUCGCCGAAUGCCAGGAACGUUUCCAAUGGGGCGAGAUGCGCGGCUCACACCACGUUCUUGAUCUCCUUCUUACUGUCUGGAAUGGCUGGAAGAAGGUUCUGGGUGAUGUUGUUGCUGAGGAUAGUGGCUUUUACCAGCACUUUGAGCAGAGUGCUUUUGAUGGUAAGAAGUUGAGUAUUCUUAAGCCUGUUUGUCGGUUGAGUGGUGAGAGUUCGCCUGAGUGGAAGACGCCUAGUGUGCCUUAUGCUCAUGAGAAGGCGGAGGGUAUUAAGUUUCUGUGA